GACAACGAUACUCCUCGCAUGCGCCCCAACCCAGAUGUUCCGGUCAACCACUCAUCUCUCCCCGAACCUGCCCUGACUACCAAGUCGUCGUUUUCAGAUUCUCAUUCAAUUCGAUCGAAACGUCUGUCGGGAACAUCGCUAUACUCAUUGGCCUCAGCACGUGGCGUCAUCAUCAGCCCAUCCCAAUCCAAUCCAGCGUCUGAUCAAGGACCGCCACCCCGAUCGGUACCGACUCUGAUGUCGUCCGGGAAAGGGCCAUCUGCGGCCUCGGCCCAGCCAGAGCCCGCCUUGUCCAGCGUCACCGUGACCACCUCUUCAGGCAGCCAAUCGGGACAUGGAUCUCCCAAUAAUCACAGCCUGGCAGCUAGAGAUUCGCAACCGCCGCAUCUCGAUCUCGUUAGGCGAAAUCAACGAUCCGAAACCACCACUAUGAGAAGCAGCCAGCCCGAUCGCUCUCGGAGUAGAGCAAAGAGACGAUUCAGUGGAAGCACUGCAUACAGCAGCCAGAGCCCAAGUAGCGAACGAGGACCGCACUAUCGAGAGAAGGAAGAAGCCAAACCUGCGCCGCUAGGUGUCAUUGGCAUAUGCGCUCUCGAUAUCAAAGCCAGAAGCAAGCCGAGUCGGAAUAUUCUAAAUCGCCUUAUAGCGAACCGCGAGUUCGAUGUUGUGGUUUUUGGCGACAAAACCAUUCUCGACGAAGAGGUUGAGAAUUGGCCAAUGUGUGACUAUUUAAUAUCAUUCUACUCUGAUGGGUUUCCGUUGGAAAAGGCCAUUGCAUAUAUAAAGACGAGGAAGCCCUUCUGUGUCAACGAUGUGCCGAUGCAAAAGAUUCUCUGGGACAGGCGUGCGUGCUUGCGUCUGCUGGAUAAGAUACAAGUUCCUACGCCACAACGCGUGGAAGUGACACGAGACGGUGGCCCAAAGGUUCUUACUCCCGAAAUGUCAAAAUAUAUCAAGGAAGUGUCCGGAGUGACACUGGAGCCUGCGGACCCCGAAAACACUCCGCCGCCAACGAAGGUUGAGCUUCUGGAUGAGGGAGACGUUCUCAGUGUCGAUGGAGCCCUUCUCAAGAAACCUUUCGUAGAGAAACCAAUUAGCGGCGAGGAUCACAACAUCAUCAUCUACUUCCCAAAGAGCUCUGGUGGAGGAGCACGAAAACUCUUCCGAAAAGUUGGCAACAAGAGCUCUGAAUACAUCCCCGAACUAAACGUCCCCAGGGCGAUUUCCGAACCCGAAGGCAGCUACAUCUACGAAAGCUUUAUGGAAGUGGACAAUGCGGAAGACGUCAAAGCAUACACUGUUGGCCCUCAGUACUGCCAUGCGGAAACCCGCAAGUCGCCCGUUGUCGAUGGCAUCGUUCGACGAAACACGCACGGCAAGGAGCUGCGCUAUGUGACGAGUCUCGGCGCGGAGGAACGAGAAAUUGCCCGCAAGAUUUCGACCGCCUUUGGACAGAGGGUCUGUGGGUUUGAUUUGCUCAGAGCUUCGGGGAAGAGCUAUGUCAUUGACGUCAACGGCUGGAGCUUUGUCAAGGACAAUGAGGACUAUUAUGAGCAUUGCGCCAGCAUUCUGAAGGAUGUCUUCAUCAAAGAAAGGAUUCGCCGUGGCGGCAUAACACCACCGCCGGUUGCUUCUCCUGCGCCUUCUUCGGAUGUCGACCCCAUCGCUAGGGCAGGACAGACAAUUACCGAACACGAACAAACAGGAGCUACAACAACCAGCGGGGUUGCGACCAACCAGCCGACAUCUGCGGUGAAGCCGAAUAACAGCACAGCGCAAGCUGAACAACCUAGUCAAGCUGAGUCGGCACUAGUCCCCCCUAGCGGUACGGCAUCGCCAACCAUAGAGAGCGCGAAAACGUCUGUUGGCCAGAGCUCGGCAGGGAGCCCCUUGUUACCACAGCCACUACUCCCGCUGUCCGCGGAUGUCUUGUCGCCGAGCAUCUUGUCAACUCCCAGGUCUAGCAAGGAUGCAUCACAGUCUCCCGCUGCUCCAGCACCACAAGAAGAAGAUGUGGCUGAACCUACACCUCCCCCUCCCCCUCCAAAGCACUCGUGGAAGCUGAAGGGCAUGGUUUCAGUAAUCAGGCAUGCAGACAGGACUCCCAAGCAAAAGUACAAGUUUACUUUCCAUACCGAGCCUUUCAUCGACCUUCUCAAGGGCCACCAGGAGGAAGUGCUCCUUAUUGGAGAGCCUGCCUUGGCGAGCGUGAUACAGGCUGUGGAUGUUGCCUACAUCCAAGGCGUUGAGGACCGAGAAAAGCUUAGAUCUCUGAGAAAUGUCCUUGUUAAAAAGGGGAGCUGGGCUGGAACCAAGGUCCAGAUCAAGCCCAUGUUCCGCAAGAAGAAGAAGCAGCCAGUGCCGGAAGACGAGGAAGCUCCCCAGCCAGCCGAAACCGGCGAUAGUACGCCCCUGGCCCCUGGAGGCGAUGUAGAUAAAGCUGAGGGGCGAUCAUCCAAACGUCAUGAUUCAGUUUCAGAAGUCACCAUGUCGAAGUUUACCGCCGCGGAAGAGAGCCUAGUCCUCGACAAACUUCAGCUCAUUGUCAAGUGGGGUGGCGAGCCGACCCAUUCGGCAAGGUACCAGUCGCAAGAGUUGGGAGAGAACAUGCGCAAUGAUUUGAUGUUGCUAAACAGGGACAUCCUCGACGAGGUCCACAUCUACAGCAGCUCCGAGAGGCGAGUCACUGCUAGCGCACAGAUCUGGGCGUGCUCCUUUUUAGGCGAAAAAGAGCUGCCGGAAGACUUCAUCACUAUCCGCAAGGACCUUUUGGAUGACUCUAAUGCCGCCAAGGAUGAAACGGACAAAGUCAAGAAGAAGCUCAAGGGGCUGUUGCGCGAGGGCAAUGAACGUCCGGCCCAGUUCGCGUGGCCUGAAAACAUGCCCGAGCCGUCAGAGGUGCAGAACCGAGUCGUUCAGCUGAUGAACUUCCACCGACGAGUGAUGCAGUACAACUACGGUAAACUGUACAACAACAGCAACGCUGCCACGUCCCUUACUGCCAUCUCCAAUCCUAGUAGCGAGAAGCUCACUGGGGAGGGAUCCAGUUCGUCGCUUUCGUCAGCACUAUCGCAGGCUAACGCAGUCACCAACAUCCAGCCCAGAUGGUGUUGCGGAGAGGACGCGGAUCUCUUCCGGGAGAGGUGGGAGAAGCUGUUUACGGAGUUUUGCGAUGCAGAGAAGGUGGAUCCCAGCAAAAUCUCUGAGCUCUACGACACGAUGAAGUUCGACGCCUUGCAUAACCGGCAGUUCUUGGAGUGGGUGUUUACCCCGCCGAGGAGCAUGCUUGAGGAAGAAUAUGGCGUCAAAGAUGGUAAAACAAAGGACGGCGAGGAUGCCGGCGCCAACAAAGGGGCGGCGGAGGAGGGCAAGGCCGCUGGGGCAAAUCCCGACAACUCAGACAAGACAGACAGCUCCAACCGGUCGGCAACAGUCCGGAAGCUCUUCCGGCGAAGAUCAUUUCUCAAUGGCCUUCGCCACAUGAGUGACGAGGCGCCCCCUGAGCAGUAUUUUAGGCUGUACAAGAGCAAUAGCGGCGCGGAUAAGACGGACCCGCGGAACGAACCGCUUCAGGAGCUGUACCGGCUGGCAAAGAUUCUCUUCGAUUUCAUCUGCCCGCAGGAGUACGGCAUUUCGGAUAGCGAGAAGCUGGAAAUCGGGCUCUUGACAUCCCUGCCGCUCCUCAAGGAGAUUGUCCAGGAUCUGGAGGAGAUGCAGGCCUCCAACGACGCCAAGUCCUUCUUCUACUUCACCAAGGAGUCGCACAUCUAUACCUUGCUCAACUGUAUCAUCGAGGGCGGCAUCGAGACAAAAAUCAGCCGCAGCACCAUCCCUGAGCUGGAUUAUCUCUCGCAGAUUUGCUUUGAGCUGUAUGAAUCGGAAGUGAACCCGCCUCCUGAGGAGGGCGACGAGCCCACUUUUGCUUAUAGCAUUCGCAUCACCAUCAGUCCUGGGUGCCAUGUCUUUGAUCCCUUGCACGUUCAGCUUGAUAGCCGGCACUGCAUCGGAUGUGCGCCGCGACGCAGUCUCACGCCCCAUCUAGAUUGGCUGCAGGUGAUCAAGACACUACGUGCCAAAUUCAAUCAGGUUAAAUUGCCAAAGACUUUCCUGGCCAUCAACCUGUCGGAUGCCUUCACCUUUGAAGAGCUCGAAAGACAGGGAAGCGAU